AUGGCGAUCACGGUGAACAGAAUCACGGAAGCCGACAUCGACGGCGCCAUCGACACAAUCCAGCAAGCCUUCGCUGAGGACCCCUACAACAAGUGGGUCUAUCCAGACCGCUCAAAGUUCUCGCCAACACGAAACCGCGUCUCCCUCGGUCUCCGCUGCCGCUGGGGCGUCAAGCAUGGUCUCUUCUACGUAGCCCGCGACCCUGCCGAACCGGAGAGGAUCCUCGGUACCGCUAUGUGGCUUGCUCCACAUCCCCCCUCCCAGCCUCAAUCCUGGUCCGAAUACUUCAGCAGCUGGCAGCUGUGGUUCGCGCAGAUCCGGAUGAAUCUCUGGUACGGGCGUGGAGGGCUCUCGACCGCUCGGUAUUGGAUCUGGAAGGAGCAGCAGGCCAAGGCCCAGGACGUACUGUGGACAAGCGACAAGGGAUACUACUUCUGCAACAUUGUGACGGUAUUGCCAGAGGCGCAGGGCAGGGGAGUUGGGAGGGCGCUCAUGGAGGUAGUGCUGCAGCAGGCCGACGAAGAAGGGGUCUGGUGCUACCUGGAGAGCAGUCGGGAUGUGCCAAACGUGGCCAUCUACGAGAGGUUCGGCUUCAAGCUGGUCAAGGAGAUGGAUUGUCAGGAGGGAGAGGACAAGAAUGCUAAGAUCACUCUGUAUUGCAUGAUGAGGGAGCCACAAACGCCGGCUGCAUGA